CAAUCGAAAAUCAUACAAAACGAAUCAACAGUUCGCCAAAGUCGUCUGAUCACAACAGAAUAGAAAAGUGUUUGUCCUGUACCGUACAAAUUUUGAUCGAUUUUAUACAACAAUAUGUCUGAAAAGGGUGUAACAUCGCUGAUCCAAGUCCUUGAACAGUUUUCUGUGAGAAAUAAUCAACGGCUGCCGGCUUACACAUUUACUUCCCGAGACAAUGCCUGUAAGAAAAUGUGUACGGUGACGUAUUGCAAGGAAACAGUAACGGGUCGAGGCGGUUCAAAGAAAAAGGCAAAACGUGCUGCAGCUAAAAACCUGAUACAUCUUUUAUGCACCAAAUCCGAUUCGGUACGGCUGGAGUUAUUACCGAUAGCGCGGUUGGUAGACGAUACGAUAGAUUUAAAAGAAAAAACUUCUUCACAUGAAAAAAAUUUCAUUGGACAAUUGCUUGAGUACUGCAAGAACAACACACUGCCACCACCUAAUUUUGAGAUACAGGAACUGGGUCUAUUUAAAUUUCAAGUGGACUGUACGGUCGAUAACGUCCAGGAGCUGGUGAUCGGUCCAAAUAGAAAGCGAGCCAAGCAAAUGGCCGCCAAAAUGGCGUUGGAAGCGAUUAAAUUGAGAGAUUCGAUACGGUACGACGAUGUCCAGUUGGAUGACUCAACAAGUGACUGUCUACCGGACUGGUGGCAAAUCUCUGUGUACGAUCUAUUAAGAUACUGCUCGAAAAGCCAAUUACCGGAGCCUACAUUCAGCGAAGUCGCCAUGAAGCUACCGACAGCAAAAGGUGUGAAAUGUACGAUCAAUAAUGUCGAGAAGCUGGGAACUGGCUUAACAGAAGCAGGAGCGAAAAUGGCGGCCGCAAGAUUGAUGUACCAAACAAUUCGACUAGCAGAAACUACUGGUAACGUUGAUAGUCUAUUCCGCGAAACACGAAAAGUACAGCGAAAGAAACGUCGACCAACAAAUGUCGAUACGGACAAUCAUAUCGGACAAUUGUAUGAAUAUUGUCGGGCGACCGAAUUGCCUACACCAUCGUUUAAAGUCGUCGGCCACAAAUGGAAUAUCUACCGUUUUAGUAAAUUUCGUGUACGGUGUACGGUUGGUGAUAUCAAAUUUGAUGCAGACAGUCGAAGGAAAAAGGUGGCAAAACAGGCGGCCGCCAAAAAGAUGUUGGAUAAAGUGCGACCAAUCGAUCAAAAUGAAACAAAGGAAAUUGUCGAUGACGCUGACGCGCCACUCUGUGAUGAUGACUUGGAUUCCGAUAAUAGUGAACAAUCGACUCAGCCCGACGAUCUUCAGGCCGAAGAAAACGAAACCAAGGAAAUUACUGAGGAAGCUGUCUUGUCAGUCCGUAUUGAUGGCAUUGGACUGAAUGAUAGCGAACAAUCGACUCAACACGACGAUCUUCAGGUCGAAGAAAACGAAACAAAGGAAAUUGCUGAGGAAGCUGCCUUGAUAUCCCGUGAUGAUGGCGUGGGUUCAGAUGACGAAAUUGAAACCGUGGAACUUACUGAGGAAGCUGUCUUGCUACCCUGUGAUGAUGGUAUCGGUUUGAUAGAUAAUGAACACAACGAUAUACACGUCGACAAAACCUUGGAAAUCCGUUAUAACACCCCUGACAUCGAUGAUAACGAACAGUCGAACAACGAUUCCCGUUACGUGGGAAUUACUGAUAUAGAAUUCACUUACUAUUAAUACUUCUCCGUCCACUUAAACCAAGUGAAAUUGAAGUGGUUGAGUUCAAUUUGUUAUAAACAUCGAUUCAUUCAGCAUUAGUGCAUGUAGACAAUAAGCUAGAAAUUUACAAUAAUUCAAUUCCGUCAAUUUGUGACAAAAAAUCUCGUCCAUUGUUUCCAAUAUAUUUUUAAGAUAAUAGUUCUGACAAACGACCGUCGAAUGAUUAAUUGAUUGUCGGUUAAUUGUAGUUAAAUAAACCACUAGAAUAGACCAA